GAACGUUUUAUCAGAUAAAGUCGUGCUAUCGGUCUCGGUAGAUAAGGGAACGGUGACAGACUGACGAUGACACACGGUGCCCGUGCUUUCGGAAGUGUACGUGUCACUCUGGCUAUUUUUUUUUUCGUUCCCCAUCGUACGUGUAAUUCUUGUCUCUAUUUCCGUCUCGAGUGGAAGAUAGCUAAAUAAACAAAAGAGCAACUCGGAUCGCGCUCCCGCGCGAGCAAGAGAGCACGGAGUAAUUUCUCUUCAUCUUCCCGCGGAUAGGAGCGCGGAGCGAGCGGCGGGCUUUGCUUGUACUUCGCUGAAGUAGAUUCGUCUCAAUCUCGGUCCGAAAGACCGAUAAGAAGGACAACCGAAGGACCGUGGCACUAAAUAACCGCCCUCGCCGAUAAGUCAUGGACACUCUGUAUCCGAAUCUGUACGACCGCCUCAAGACCGAGGGCCUCUGUCCCAUCUGCUUCAUGGAGAUGGAGCUGACGCCCAGAUACUCGUGCGUCAACGGGCACAACGUGUGCCACCGUUGCAAGCCCUAUUACUACAGCUGCCUCACGUGCUCGGCACCGUUGGACGUGGAGAUCCUGCCGCCGCAGAUGAGCACACCCCAGCCGGUGCACUUGAUGCCGCAUCCUAUGCCACCGCGCAGCUUCGAUGAUCACAGUCCCAGCGCGCCGCCGAUAAAUGACUUCCUGAGCCACGAGAGAAGACCCUGGCAGCCGCCUGUGCCGUCUCAGAAUCAGCAACUCGAACUUUGCUCGUAUUCUUAUCUAGGAUGCUGGAUAAAGAUACCGGAGCAUCUGCGAGUACUUCACGAAUCGAGGUGCCAGUUUCGACCGCAUUCCGAGGAAGAACAUGGACCGACCGAUUUUCACCACGACAAUUUGAUAGAGUGCUCAUUCUCUGCAGCAGGAUGCAAGGUACGAACGGUGCCGUGGAGACGCAGCAUCCACGAGGAGCAUUGCAUCUACAAGGACAGGUUCCAGGGUGUGAACGAUAUCAGCGACGGUCUCGCGUCCGCGACCAUCACCGAUUACGGCGGUGACCCCAAUGAAUUGGUGCAGUGCAAGUUUAGACGAUACGGCUGCAUGGUGAACAUACCGAGAAGACGAAAGUACAUACACGAGCAGAAAUGCAACUAUAGAAACCAUCAAGGGGAUGUGGAGAACGAGUUUAUCCCUCAAGUUUAUCCCUCGGAGCCGGAACUGGAUCCCGACGAGCAAGUAGAAUGCAGAUGGUAUGAGUACGGCUGCCGGGUCAGGCCGAAGCGCUGCCGUAAGGAAAUUCACGAGGUUAAAUGUAACUACAGGAUGGAAGAGUGCAUGUGGAAGUAUCAUGGAUGCAGCGCCAUAUUUAAGCCAUCGUUAAAAUAUUCCCACGAGAGCAACUGCGAUUUUGCCCAUUAAUUAUACCGAGUUAAAUUAAUGAUAUUCGAGCAAAUUAGUAUGAUUCUCGCGUAUCUACAAAUAUGCGCGCAUUUAUCAGAACGAUUACAAUUUUAUUUUUGUAACUAGACUUUGGAAAGAUGUUGGCCAAAAUGCAAAUCGUCCUCGACCUCCCUACCGCGUAACACAAAGACAUACAAAUUGAUUGUUUCACCUCGUAAUCGUUUAAUUAAACGGAAUACCAGCGGGAAAUGUACAUUCCUCCCUUCUGUAACGUCAAACGAGAGUAACUAGAGUGUCGAUACCAGUAAAUCGAACAGAGCCGGCAAUUCCAUUUAAUCGGUAACAAGCUGCGAGCCGAGUUCGUCAAGAGAUAACAACAAUUAGCAAACAACAAAGCGGCCCUGAUUGUCGAUCGCGUCGAGAUGCGGGGCGAUUUUGCAGAAACGCAUUAGCGAUUUCCAAGAACCCGUGGGGAUAAUACAGAAGAGGAUUAUUUACUCUUUCUCGCGCCACUCUCCGUCCUCCCGUUCUCGCGCGUGAUAGCGAGAGACUUCCGCCUGUCGUUCCGGGGAUCAUCUUGAGCAUGAUCGCCCGGAAUGAGGGAGUGAUGGCGCGGCUGGGAUAUCCAACACCUGCAGGCUAAUGGUUAGUCUCCCUGUGCGCCCACGACCGCACCGUCGCUCGACGAAACGACACCUACACGCUUAUAGCGUCCCAUUUAUAACGUCGGCGUGAGCAAACGAUGGACGCGCAACUCUGCCUCGAUGCGCUAUUACGGAUAAUAUCCCCCACGUCUAAAAGUAUUGGUCUCGAAGUCAAUAAAACAAUUUGGUGCUUAUAUCAGUAUAAAAAAUAAAUUGAGUAAUUUUA